CAAAGUCUAUAGGCACAAACAAAUAUAGGCUUUCGAUCUUUGAUAAUUGUGAUGGCAUUACAAAAAUUUCUUGUUGCUUUUACGUUUUGUUUUGUGCUAUUUUCAUGUGUGAAUGCCCUGAGCUCCAAUUACUAUGACAAAACAUGUCCAGAUGCCGAGUCAAGCAUCACCCAAGUUGUAAGAAAAGCUAUGUGGAAUGACAAAACAGUUCCAGCUGCUCUUUUAAGGAUGCAUUUCCAUGAUUGUUUCAUCAGGGGUUGUGAUGGCUCUGUGCUGCUGAAUUCGACGAAAAACAACCAAGCAGAGAAAGAUGGACCUCCUAACAUUUCACUACAUGCUUUCUAUGUUAUUGACGUUGCUAAGAAACAAAUAGAGAAUAUGUGCCCUGGAGUUGUUUCAUGUGCUGAUAUUUUAGCUCUUGCAGCUAGAGAUGCUGUUAAACUUUCUGGAGGACCUACUUGGGAAGUGCCAAAAGGUAGAAAAGAUGGACGAAUUUCUAAAGCCAGUGAAACGCAGCAAUUACCUGGUCCAACUUCCAAUAUUUCUCAAUUGCAACAAAGCUUCACUCAAAGAGGUCUUUCUUUAGACGAUUUGGUUGCACUUUCAGGAGGACACACUCUUGGAUUUUCUCAUUGUUCAUCUUUCCAAAACAGAAUCCACAAAUUCGAUGAGAAAAACGAUGUUGACCCUACAUUGGAUGCAUCAUUUGCAGCUAAGUUAAAGAAAGUAUGUCCCAUUAAAAACACAGUGAAGAAUGCAGGCUCUACCUUAGAUUCUACAACAUUUUUAUUCGACAACGUAUAUUACAAGUUAGUAUUGCAGAAUAAGGGCCUUUUUUCUUCAGAUUCUACUUUGCUCACCAAUUCAAGAACCAAAAAUCUAGUUUCAACUUUUGCCAGUUCACAAAAUGAGUUUUUUAAAGCUUUUGCUAAUUCAAUGAUCAAAAUGAGCAGUAUCAGUGGUUCUGGUCAAGAAAUAAGGCGUGAUUGCAGAUUUAUUAGGUGAUAAACCUGGCUAAUUAUGUUAUGUUGCUUUGUGAAAUGGCAAUAAUUUCACAGGCUUUUUGUAUUGUAAUUUCUAUUUUGAUUUGUUUCGACUGUCUUUAAUUUCUUGUUAUUAUUCCUUUGUGGGAUUAAUAAGUUUCGAAGUUUGUGUCUGUAAAGUUUGAGAGGAAUUUGUGAGUGUAUUCAUUUGAGCGUGGUGUCUCUUAUUGUAUCCUUUAUUGAUUUAAUUGUAUAACAUGCAGCUGGAUGAAAUAAAUUCCUAUUCCUUUAUUUGAUUUAA